CCGCUUCAUCCUCUCGUCUCAGCUGCCUGAUGUGUCGUCGUAUCGAUUCCUGUUUCCCGAUCAAUAAUUAUCGGAACAGGGAUGAAGCUCUGCAGUGGAUCGAUGGCGACUCUCCUGAUCAUCUGCUUCACGCCAGUUUGCUUGGCGGCUCACGGUCGCUUCGCCCAGAAGCUUCUGACCGACUUGUUCUCCAACUACACCAAUGCCCUGCGUCCGGUGGAGGACACCGACUACAUCAUCAACGUCACGCUGCAGAUCACGCUGUCUCAGAUCAUCGACAUGGAUGAGAGGAACCAGAUCCUGACCACCUACCUGUGGAUCCGCCAGGUGUGGAUGGACGCCUACCUGACCUGGAGGAAGGAGGACUACGACGGCCUGGACACCAUCCGGAUCCCCAGCAGCUACGUGUGGAGGCCGGACAUCGUCCUGUACAACAGUGCAGACGACGAGUUCUCCAGCUCCAUGGAGACCAACGUGGUCCUGCGUAACGACGGCCAGGUGAUGUGGGACCAGCCGGCCAUCACUAAGAGCUCCUGUUCCGUGGACGUGGCCUUCUUCCCCUUCGACGUUCAGCAGUGUCACCUGACCUUCGGCUCCUGGACCCACAACGGCAACCAGAUGGACCUGAUCAACGCCCUGGACAGCGCCGACCUGGCCGACUUCGUCCCCAACGUGGAGUGGGAGGUUCUGGGCAUGCCGGCCAAGAAGAACGUCAUCCUGUACGGCUGCUGCUCGGACCCGUACCCGGACAUCACCUUCACCCUCCACCUGAAGAGACGCGCCUCCUUCUACAUCUUCAACCUCCUCAUCCCCUGCAUGAUGAUCUCCUUCCUGGCUCCGCUGGGCUUCUACCUGCCGGCCGACUCUGGCGAGAAGGUUUCUCUGGGCGUCACGGUGCUGCUGGCGCUGACGGUGUUCCAGCUGCUGGUGGCUGAAAGCAUGCCGCCGUCUGAGAGCGUCCCGCUGAUCGGAAAGUACUACAUCGCCACCAUGACGAUGGUCACUGCAUCGACGGCUCUCACCAUCUUCAUCAUGAACAUUCACCACUGCGGUCCAGAGGCGCGUCCCGUCCCUGAAUGGGCCGAGCGCUUCAUCUUGAACCACCUCGCUCGCAUCUGCUUCGUCAGCGAGGUCGGCAACAGCUGCUUGGGCGGCCGGUCGUCCCGGAAACAGCCGCUGUCCCAGGAGGAGUCGGACGCUCCGUCGGCCAACGGUGGCAGCAGAGGGACCAACUGGGACGUCAACGGACAGGUGUGGGGUGGGCGGGGCGAGGAGCAGGAGGCGGGGCCAGAGGCGACCAAUCAGACGGACUGGAAGGAGGACCUGUUCAUCACUGUUGACCACUCGGAGGAUAAAGGAGCCGCUGGAGGAGAAGAGCAAGUCGAGGAGGAGUGGAGCAGCAACGGGGAGCUGGUGGAGAAGAAGGGCGUGGGAGGUGAAGGAGGAGGAGGAGGAGCUGAGAGGAAGGAGAUCCUGAUGAAGACCCGUUGUGUCUGCCAGCAUCAUGGACUGAGGAAGAACGUGGAGUAUAUCGCCAGCUCCUACCAGGACCAGAAGACCGCUCAGCUACGCAUCGGAGAGUGGAGGAAGGUCGCCAAGGUCAUGGAUCGCUUCUUCAUGUGGCUCUUCUUCAUCAUGGUCUUCUUCAUGAGCAUCCUCAUCCUGGGAAAAGCCAUCUGAGUUGACGCCAGCUGUCGGUUGAGCUCCAUUAGGCAUGAAGUCAGAGUUUGGUUUUCCUGAAACAAGUGAAGGUUUGAUAGGAUUAAAGGUCCGACCCAACAUUUUAACCUGCUGUCUCUGAGACAGUUUGUAGGAGAAUGUUCUGAUAAAAGCAUCACUGAUUUUAGGAAACCUUUGAAUCAGCUCCAGUCAAGACGAUUUGAUCGGUUUAAAGAAAUACGAACCAGUCUUUAAUGAGGUGCAGUCAGACCAUUCUGCAUCAGGAACUUACUUUGAAAAUGUCUCAUAAAACAUGAACAGAUUAGGAUUAAUUAACUCCAUCCUUGGAUCUUUAAACUGCAGAUUCUGAAGACACUUUUAUCUAAAUUUAACCCUCCAACUAAUUUCAGUAUCGCCCAAAAUUUCAAUAGAUUAAUCGUUUACUUUUCCUUUUAAGCAGGUUCAUGACGUUACAGUAAACAUGUGACUUUGAUCUUAGAGAAAAUUUUAACUUUUUCCACGAAUUCCAACUUCAUUCUCAGAUAAUAUUCACCUUCCGCCUUGGAAAUUUGCAACUUUAACGUCAGAGAUGAUCUGAGUUUUUCUUAUACAAUCAUGGACUAAAGUAUGGACACCCCUGGAAUUUUUCCAGAAAAUACAACAUUUCACUCAGAAAUUGUUGCAAUUACAGAUGUUGUUGGUAAACAUGUUUAUUUCCUUGAUGUACAUUGGAAAAGCACAAAAAAACAGAAGAAAAAAGCCAAAAUUCACAUAAUUUUACACAAAACUCAAAAAAACGGGCCGGACAAAAUUGUUGGCACCCUCAACUCAAUAUUUGGUUGCCACUCUUUAGAAGAAAUAACGGAAACCAGUCGCUUCCUGUAACCAUCAACAAACUUCUUACACCUCUCACAUGGAAUUUUGGACCACUCUUCUUUUGAAAACUGCUCCAGGUCUCUCAGAUUUGAAGGGUGUUUCCUUGCAACAGCAGGUUUGAGAUCUCUCCAUAGGUGUUCAAUGGGAUCUAGAUCUGGACUCAUUACUGGCCACUUCAGAACUCUCCAGAACUUUGUCUCCAACCAUUUCUUGGUGCUAUUUGAGGUAUGUUUCAGGUCAUUAUUCUGCUGGAACAGCCGUGACCUCUGCUUUCUGACACUAGGCCCUACAAUGUGGCCCAAAAUAUCUUGAUAGUCUCCAGAUUUCAUGAUUCCUGGCACUUUCUGAGGACUUAAGAAGCAAAAUUGUGUAAAAAUAUGAACAAUCUCAAGGUUAUAAGACCAUCUCCAGAGAUGCUGAAGUUCCUUUGUCCACUGUGCGUAAUACAACCAAGAAGUUUAUAACCCAUGGAACUGUGGCUGAUCUCCCUGGACGGGAUGGAAAAGCAAAACUGACCAAAGAUUGCAACACAGGAUAGUUUGAAUGGUGGAUAAACAUCCUCAGCCAACUUCCACACAGAUCCAGGCUGUCCUGCAGACUCAGGGUGUAAAGUGCCAGCUGGGACCAUACAUCGUCAUCUGAAUGAGAAGAGGCGCUAUGGCAGGAGACCAAGGAGAACCCCACUGCUGACAAAGAGACAGACAAAAAAGCCAGACUGGAGUUUGCAAAGAUGUAUCUGAGUAAGCCUCAGUCCUUCUGGGAGAACGUUUAGUGGACAGAUGAGACUAAAGGCCUCUACACAGUGUUCAAUUUCCAGCCGUCCCAGAUGAAAGAUAGCAAUUGUGAGAGAGUCGUGGCUCUAAAUCAGUGGUCGCACUGUGAGACAGGUUCAAGGACGGCUGUUUUCAUGGUGACCAAAGACAAGCUGCCAUAAAAUUCUGACUGUCAGAAAUCUGGGGUGAUCAUCUCACAGUGUGAUGCUGCUGUGACCUACAACUAACUAACCAAUAGAAAUGCAGGAUGAAAUGACGUACUGAUCAGUGCCACACUGGAGAUAAACCCAAACUAAGCUAAACCCAACAAAGGAGACAGCCUGGUAGAGUUGUGGCAGCAGAAGCCUUUUAGAUGUGUCCUCCAGCUCAAACCACAACCAGACAAAAAAGGACGAACCAUGGAAGGAUGUAGCGGCUCCCAGGUUAGUAACAUAACAUCAGCAGCUAGCUAACACACCGCUGUAAAUAGUGGCCACAGCACUCAGUUUAUGUUAUUAAAUUAAUAAAAAUUAAAUCCGUUCAUGUUUGGCUAGUUUCCCUGUGAUUGUCGGAGCUCCAUUUAUGCUUCGGUUGUUUAUUUUUCAUGGAUGGACGACGCAUGCUUAUUGCGCAUUCACGUCAACUUACGUACAUCAUAGGCUGAGAUUCAACUGCGUUUUCAUCGUUCAGUCUGCACACAGCAAACUUCACGUCGUGGCCAAAGAUGAUUAGAUUCAUGUCAUACAGUGGAGCAAGAUGUGGACUUAUAAGAUUAUUAAAAUCACACAGUGUGUAGAGGAAUUAAGGUAGAGCUUUUUGGAAAAGCACGUCAUUCUACUGUUUACAGAAAAUGGAAUGAGGCCUCCAAAGAAAAGAACACAGAACCUACAGUCAGACAUGUUGGAGGUUCAGAGAUGUUCUGGGGUUGUUCUGCUGCCUCUGGCACUGGGUGCCUUGACAGUGUGAAGGAAUCAUGAAAUCUAGAGACUAUCUAAAUAUUUUGGGCUGUAAUGUAGGGCCUAUUGUCAGAAAGCUGGGUCAGAGAUCAUGGGUAUUCCAGCAGGACAAUGACCCCAAACAUACCUCAGGUAGCACCAAGAAAUGGUUGGAGACAAAGUUCUGGAGAGUUCUGAAGUGGCAGCAAUGAGUCUGGAUCUAAAUCCCAUUGAACACCUAUGGAGAGAUCUCAAAGCUGCUGUUGAAAGAAGGAACCCUUCAAAUCUGAGAGAGCUGGAGCAUUUUUUAAAAAAGAGUGGUCCAAAGUUCCAUCUGAGAGGUGGAAGAAGCUUGUUGAUGGUUACAGAAAGUGAUUGGUUUCAGUUGUUUCUUCCAAAGGAUGUGCAACCAGAUAUUGAGCUGAGGGUGCCGACAACUUUGUCCAACCCAUUUUUUGAAUUUUGUGUAAAAUUAUGUCAACGCUGUCUUUUUUCUUGUUUUUUUUUUUUGUGUUUUUCCAAUGCACGUCAAUGAAAUAAACACAUGUAUACCAAAACAUUUGUAUCGGCAACAAUUUCUGGGAGAAAUGAUGUAUUUUCUGGAAAACUUCCAGGGGUGUCCAUACUUUCAUCCAUGACUGUAAAUCUACAGUUUUAGUAUCAGAGAAUUUCAGAGUUUCUUUCCCACAGAUUUUUCUCUUUAACUUCAGAGAACAUCCAAAUUUUGUUCUCAUAAAUCUACGCCUUUAUUUUCAGGAAGUUGUUUCUUGGAAAUAUUCACACAGAACGAUGGCACUGCCUUCAAAUGGAGCUCAUAUUUACGUGACAUUAAAGGAAAUUCUCCAGUAAAAAUGCUUACAGAACACCUUUUGCCAAAUCCUGUCGGUGUUAAAACUUCUCCAGACUGAAGUGAGUCAAACUUUUCACUUGUUUUAAAGGAAAGCCUGAUUUUAAAGAUGAAAACGUGGCUGGUUAAAGUUGUCCAGAGAUAAAAACCGAGCUUCACUUCAUUCAGCAGCUUCCAUCUGUAUUUAAAGUUUACGUUUGCAGCACUUUUUUAUAUUUAUGAGUGAUCUUUACUAUUGGAACAAACCACUGACUCCAAGUUCUGUUCUCUCUUAGUGGAUUUUAUUCCAUUUAUUUAUCUUUCACUCCAGUACAGACAUUUAAAAACGUCCAUAUUUACAUCAAACUUUCUAUCAUCAAUGGUUUCCUGCAGAAUCCAUGAAUGAAAUGAAAUAUUUCAGGUUUGAAUUCUACAUUUUUUUUAAAUUCACCCGAUGUGUCAGAGGUAGUUUGGGAAACUGUGAAGCUGAUUGUUUUGGUGAAAUGAAGUUAUAAAUGAUAAUUCAUCAUCCUGCACUGUUUUUUCUCACUUUAACACGAGUUUAUUUAGUGUGACCACAUCUGCACAGAAAUAAAUGUGAUAAUCACGGUGACAAACGGAGAUAAGAGGACGUUGUGAUCCAGAACCUCGUUAGAAGACUGGACCUGAUUGGAUUUUCGUUCUCCAGAAAACAAAACGACAAACUAACAAUCUAAUUAUCGGAUCAGACGGAGAACGACUAAAAUAAUAAAUAAAAUAAAACCACAGAGCUGGGGAGGGAACUAGUUUGGAAAUAUAUAUCAUUUUGUCUAAUUUUUGUCAUUUUGUCUUAUUUGGAACUAGUUUCUUUUUGAGAAUGAAUUUGGAAAUAUAUGCGAUAAAACGUCUGAACAAAAAUUUAAAUUUGUGAGAAACAAACUCAGAAUCAUUUUUUCAUUGCUUUUUUUCCCUGAAACAUUCGACGUUAUUUUCAGAGGAUAUUUGUGUUUUUCUUCUGUGACUUUCUUUGUGGUAAAUUUACAUCUUUAAUCUGAAUUUUCUUCUCUGAAAUUCAUGACUUAAAUCUCAAUUCUGUUCUUGUAAUUUUGCAACUUUGAUCCGAGAGAAAAUCCAUGUUCUUUCUCAUGAACUUCCGACUUAAUUCUAAAAGAUUAGUAAAGUUUUCUUCUAAGAAGUUUUCCAUGUCAAUCUCAGAAAAAAAUGUUUGUUUUAUCAGGUACAUUUACAGCUUUAUUCUAAGAGAAUAUCCACAUUUUGCUUUCCUUAUAAUAUCUUCAAGAUUCUUUCUACAGUUUUAAUCUCAAAGAAAAUCAAAGUUUUCUCUUUAGAAAUUUACCACUAUCCAAGUUUUUUCUCAUAAAUGUGCCACUUUGAUUUCAGAGACUGUACAAGUUUCUCUUGUAAAUUUACCACUUUAACCUUUAAUGAAAAUUCUUUGUGACAAUAAAACCAUAAAUGUACAAGAAAAAACUCAGAAUGUAUUUGUAAUUAUGAAGCCAUAUAGUUAUGAGAACAAAUAUGUUUUUUGUUUUUUAAUUUACUACUUUAAUCUCAGAUAAUGUCCUAUUAUUUUCUCAUGAAUUUACAACUUUAAUUCCUGAAUUCUGAGUUGUUUCUUUCAGAGGAUUGCCUCCCCUCCCAAGGUUCCAUCACCGUUGUCCAAUAAAGUUUUCAUCAAGCGAUAAAAACUAAACUUCGCAGAGACCAGUUGAAUAUUUAAGCCUGCAAUUAAAAGGUUUGUCAUCUUCACAUUGCAAACAUAAGAAAAGCCAAACUACUUGCUGUAACUCACAGUUAUAUCCUAUUUGUGUGGUGUUAAAGUUACACACUGUCAAUGCCAUGAAUUACAUUAAACUUUUCUUAUUAAAACAACUUGGGUCACUGACCGUCUUUUGGAUUUUAAACACUGA